AUUUUAAAGAAACUUAAGACCAUGUCUGAAAUGAUAUUUUGAUGGAAAAUGGGAUUAUGAUGAGAAGUCACAUUCUUUGGAUCAUAAAUAAGUGCUUUAGGUCAACUUAAAAGCCAUAUACCAUACAUGGAUCACACCAUUUAUGGCAUGAAUGUGUCCAUCCUUGAAAACUGAAAGAAUGGCAUGAGUUCUUUUGCUUAGAAUGUGUCUAUCAUUAAAAGUUCAUGAUUGUGAACAUACCCGAGUUUUCUGGUAACUGAAUAUAGAUACAUGCAGCCAAGUAAGUUUGGUGUUUGUCCGCUCCCCGAUGUUAGCUAAUGCAGCCAUUCAAUCUUGUUACUGCAGAUAAUGGAAGAUGUUGGAUUUGUGAAUGAUGUGAAGAACUUGAUCUUGCAAUUGGGAUGUGUACCUGGUGCCCUUCUUUCUGAAGAUUAUUCAGCAAAAGUUUCGAGUGAAAGACUUGGUGUACCUGUCACUGCUGAUACACCAGUCAUUACUUCCAAAUGCACUCCCUCUGCAGCUAAUGGCUCCAACCAACUAACUAAUUCUACUAUUGCUUCAAGGUCUGUGACUCCAUCACCUCAUCCGCCAAGGGAGAAAUAGAUAAUUACCAGGGUUCUUGCAUUGACUUCCUCAAACCUAUGACCAAACCAAAUAUUUAGAUAGCAUUUGCCAACCAAAGUCUCAUUCAAUGGUAAAAACAAUGGCCUAUAGCCAGCAGAAGAAGACGGUCGUCCAUACCGAAGCUAAAGUGAUACCGACAAAUUUUGAUUCAUGUAUGCAACAUCCUUCUGCUUAUAAUUCCAGAUCUGCAUUCAAUGAAUUAGCUGGCUUCAAUCAAUUAAAUCUGAGUUGCAACCUUAACUAUAUGGAACAACAAACAUCAGGUGUUGGAAGACAGAGUCACGUUAAUCCCAACAUGAAUCCAUCAAGUGCCUCAAACAUGCCUCAACUGAAAACAGGUGUAGGCAAAAUUCUUGAACAGAAUCAGAGUUCUGGUGGCGGUUCACUAUUUGGAGGAAUCCCAAUAUGUGGUGGGAGUAAUCUUUUGAGGACAAAUAUGAUUAACUGCUCUGUUUCAAAUUCUCCCAAAGUACCCACUUCUGAAUUUUCUGGAAGUCACAAGAUUGAGUUUGGGCUUCAAAAUAACAAUUCAACAACUGAUACUGGGCUCUGUUCUGUGCCUAAUUUCUGUAACCAAUCAGUUACCAGUCACAUGAAUCAAGAAAACUCUGCUCAGAAGAACCUUCCCAUUGAUUUAAAGCAUGCUUGUGAUGCUUUCGUUUCAACUGAUCAAAGGAUACAUGAUGAUUUGCUUCAUACCGCUCUUAAUAUUCCGUCUCUUCAUCUUGAGGAGAAUGAGCCUAUGGGUGAUAAUAUCCCUGGUUUUGUUCAAGAUUGCCUCAAUAAAGAUUUUACUAGUGUGGUGAAAAUGAAUGUUAAGCAUGAAGAGACUUAUAAUCAACUUCCAUCAGGGGAUGAUCUCUUCGAUGUUUUAGGCGUGGAUUUGAAAAGGAAACUACUCAAUGGAAACUGGGAUAAUUUGCUUGCAAGUGAUUCAGAGGCCAACAGAGAGCGUCUAGAUAAAAAGGCAACAUGCAUGAAUUUGCCUGGUGUACGUCCUGAUAACAGCUAUUCAGUUAAGGAAGCAAUAUCAGACAGUGGGAUCUUCUCAGGAACGGGCACUGACCACCUCUUAGAUGCUGUUGUUUCAAAAGCUCAAUCUGCUCCAAAACAGAGUUCUGAUGAAAUGUCUUGCAGGACAACAUUGACAAGGGUUAGUACUGCCUCCGUUUCCUCUCCUGCCUGCAACCAGGUUCUGUCUGAUCAUGUCCUGAAGGGAUUGUUUGAUUUUCCCAAGAACGGGGCUAAAAGAGCUGCUGGGGAAACCAGUUCUCUUAGGUCUGGGUGCAGCAAGGAUGAUGCUGGAAACUGCUCUCAAAUGACUUCCAUAUAUGGUUCUAAGCUUAGUUCAUGGGUUGAGAAUGGUAGUAGUGUGAAACGUGAAAGCAGCGUUUCAACUGGAUACUCUAAGAGACCAGAAGAAGUUUGCAAAUCAAAUAGGAAAAGGCUUAAACCUGGAGAGAAUCCUAGACCUCGCCCUAAAGAUCGCCAAAUGAUUCAAGAUCGUGUUAAAGAAUUAAGGGAAAUUGUGCCAAACGGAGCAAAAUGUAGCAUAGAUGCACUUCUGGAAAAGACCAUCAAGCAUAUGCUUUUCCUGCAAAGUGUAACAAAGCAUGCUGACAAGCUGAAACAGACAGGGGAAUCUAAGAUUGUUAGUAAAGAAGGUGGGUUGCUAUUAAAAGACAACUUUGAAGGAGGAGCUACAUGGGCAUAUGAGGUUGGCUCGCAAUCAAUGGUUUGUCCAAUCAUUGUUGAGGAUCUUAAUCCACCUCGUCAGAUGCUAGUAGAGAUGCUUUGUGAGGAACGGGGUUUCUUUCUGGAAAUAGCUGACUUAAUCAGAGGAUUAGGAUUAACCAUCUUGAAGGGAGUUAUGGAAGCUCGUAAUGACAAGAUCUGGGCACGCUUUGCAGUUGAGGCCAACAGGGACGUGACGAGGAUGGAAAUAUUUAUGUCACUGGUUCGUCUUUUGGAUCAAACAGUGAAGGGUGGUGCAUCUUCAUCGAAUGCAACUGAUAAUAACAACGUGAUGAUGUAUCAUCAUUCUUUCCCACAAGCUACCCAGAUAGCAGCAACUGGUAGACCUAGUAGUUUGCAAUGAAGCAUCAUCCAUUGUAGUUUCUUGGCAUCAAAUUCACUCUAAAAAACUUAAGGUGAAGAUAACUUAGUGAAGGGCAUCUCAAAUGCAUUUGUAUUUGUAUUAUGUACAUGCAUGUUUCCUCCAGUGCCUUCCAAAGCCAGUGUUGGCAGUGUCUGCUGGUGCUUUAGGCAACUUAGAUAACUUGCAUUUUUUCUUUCUCUUGGGAGUAAUGCCACUUGUCACCAACUGGGAUAAGGCUUUUAUUGAUGUUUGUUGAUGAGUAAUGCCAUUGGUAUUGUUGUAUAGAAACUGUAGGAUUUGCAAAGGGCGUUCACGAGUU